UUCUACGGUUUCUUUCUCUUUAAAGCAGAUGAAGAUAGGAUAUGUUUAUUUGAAGGGGAGGCGCUCUCCAGGGUGCUGAGCGCUUCCUGGUUUUCACUUCCUUAUGGAAAUACCUAACAUGGUUUAUUCACCUCAUAAAUACUGUAAACUACACAUUUGUGUUUGUUUCUGACUGGGAUGCUUUCAUAUAAAUAUUUAGUGUCUUUGUUCAGGAUAGGAACCUGAGGCAAUGCAGAGAAGCGGAGGAUGUGAUGACAGACGGACAAAGCUGAAUGAGAGGAAGUUUAAAUGUUUGGUUUAUUUGCAGAAGAUCGUCUGCUUUUUAACAGAAAACACGUUUAGAGAACUAACGAGAUGGAGGACACCUGUGAAACACCGAAGCAGGAGGAGGUGAAGCUGGUUUCCUCGGACAGUGCUCACGGGUCAUCUGCCGUGGACACGGACACAGAGGAAGGACUGACUCCAACAUCCAACACCUUCCCCUAUAAUGAAGACCCGAUGCACAAGACGAUUCUCGAGGGAGACAGUGGAGUGGGCAAAACCUCUCUGCUGGUUCAGUUUGAACAGGACAAGUUCCUCGCAGGGUCUUUCACCGCCACUGUCCGCAUUGGUUUCACAGUGAGUCCACACUUCCUAUCCUCUACACACCCUCCAUGGCAUGUUUUCUAUCCCUCCUCCUCCUCCCCCCUCAACCCUACUGUCACAGUUGAGCAUCUUUCCUCCUCUCUGCUCUCCUCUCGGACCCUCUCAAUGACCGCGGAUGAGUCCAACAUCGGCCCGCCAGCUGUUAUUGGGGACAAUGAUGCAGAGAAAGGUUUCCGCCUGCUAGUCAUCACCGCGUUCUUGACUGGUGGAUGCAGACGCCGAAGCGCUGCCUAA